AUGGGACCUUCAAAGGUAUCCUCACCGACUCCUGGGAAACUCGCAAAAGCCUGGAAUUACCCAUUCGUCUGGACAGAACAUCAUCAAACCCCGGAACAAUACGAUCAUUUGAAAUAUACCUGUGACACUCUGGCAGAAGAGUGCCUUGAUUUCUUGAACGGGCUGCAACCGAGCGAAGGCCAACUUCUGAACGGUCAAGCGGAUGCCAAAGAUGGAAGCGGUGGUGCAAGGGCUUCGCCGCAGAAGAAGAAGAAGGACCUCUACGCUCUGUUUCGAGACCAUCAUGCCGAGAACGAGAAGACCCAGAAGCUCUGGGAACAAGUCACCACGAUCCCUGAAUGGGUGGAUUGGGAUCAAAUCGCUCGGGGCCAAGACGUGUUCUUCAGAUACGGCGAACCCAUCCUUAUAGGUUUGACAUAUCAAUCUCUUGUGGGAGGCACGGCCAGCGCCAGGGCGACGGAAGUCCUCUCGAGGACGGGAGGGUUUGGGAUCAAGAACGUCUGGCGCCGCAUGCUCGAAACAACGCAGUUCAUCCUCGAGUGCACGAACGACCUCGACUCUAUCAAACCAGGCGGCGCUGGAUUCGCAAGCUGCCUCCGAGUCAGGUUCCUCCACGCCACAGUCCGUCACCGCAUCCUGCAAAUCGCGGAGCGCCACCCUUCGUACUAUUCAACGGAGAAGUGGUGUAUCCCGAUCAACGACCUGGACUGCAUCGGCACGAUAGCUGUCUUUGGGGCCACGGUCGUCUGGCAAUCCCUGCCGCGACAGGGGAUCCACCUCCGUCCGCAAGAGAUCGAAGACUUCAUCGCGCUCUGGCGCCUCGUGGGAUUCUACAUGGGCACUCCCACGGACCAUUUCUCCACCCCGGAGAAGGCGCGGGCCAUCAUGGAAUCGCUGUACAUGUACGAGUACACUCCGUCGGAGACGUCGAAGCUGCACGCCAACAACAUCAUCCUGGCCGUUUCGGAGAACGCCCCGACCCCGACGAGCCGCUCGUACCUGGAAGCCAACGCCCGCUGGCUCAACGGCGACGGACUGUCGGAUGCCCUCGGCAUCGGCCGACCGGGGCUUUACUACCGCACGCUCAUCGCGGGACAGUGCCUCCUGCUGAAGAUGACGUGCUACACGGCUCGCGCGGUUCCGUUCCUGGACAGGAGCCGGCUCAGGAGCGUCCGAAAGAUGGUGUGGACCAGCAUCACCUCUCCCGGCAGCGGCUUGCAGGAGCUGACCACUUUCGACUUCAAACACGUGCCCAACGUCGGCGACCAUUCGAAGAACCAGGGCUCCGAGCUGUCGUGGGCCGAGAAGAAGUCGAAGCCGUUCUGGACCACCGACCGCAAAACCCUCGCCACGUUGCUGUUCCUGGGCGUCACCACCGUCGCCGUGACCUGGGGGCUCGCAAAGGCAGCACUGGUGACCUAUCGCGCCGCUGACCCACAGAUUGAGAAAUGGUCGGCUUUUCUCGGUUCCCGAAUCGCAGCGGCGUACGUACAUAAGUGA